AUGCUGAAGUGCACGAUGAACGGCGGUCAGCUGAAAGUCUUUGGGAAGACAAUCCAAGCCCUAGCACGGCUGAGUAACGAGCUGUGGCUUGACCCAUCCAAACAAGGUCUCGUGCUGCGAUCUAUUAAUUCUUCUUGUUCAGCCUAUGGAUAUGCCCUCUUCUCACCUGUGUUUUUUGAACAAUAUCAAUGGUCAACGUCAGAGACAAUGAAUCAUGAUGACAUUCCACUGACUUUAAAUUUCAAAUUCACAAUGCAGGUAAAGUCUCUUCUGCCCAUCUUUAAAUGUCUGAAUUUCCUUGAGAGGAAUGUUGAGAAGUGCAAAAUGUUCACAAAAUCUGGGAAGUGUAGAUUUAUUAUUCAGCUCUUCUGCAAGCACAACAUGAACAGUUCCGUGCGCAGCUCCAUGUGUGUGGACAGAGACGAGUUUGACUUCUUUCAGAUUGGACUAGAUACUGAAGUAACGUUUUGUCUCAAAGAUUUGAAGGGCUUCCUGACACUCUGUGAAGCUGUGCGUGGUCCUGUCACCAUACAUUUUGAUUUUCCUGGGAGGCCAGUGGCACUAAGUAUUAAUGAUAUGCUAUUCGAAGCUCACUUCUACUUGGCUACCUUAGCUGAUGACCCAAGCAGACCGCCCUCCCCUCUGUCAAUGUGCCUGCCCCAGGAAGGAGAAAGGUCCAGUCCAGCACGGGCAAGGCUGACCCUGGGUCAGAGAAGAAGCAGCCAGGCUGCAGAGAGCAUCUCAAGGAAAAUUUCACGGAAAAGGCUGUGUCCCGCUGAGUCUCCCCCAGAGAGUGGUGCCCAGGAAAACCACAGCCGUCCUCUGAAGAAGAGAGCACCCAGUGGGGAGCACCCAGACAGAGAAUCCAGCCCAGUGUUCAGGAAGGUCUUGACCGAGCGUUUGGGAUGAGAACAAAACGUGCUGGUGUUGACUGGUGAUGUGGCUGCCAGCUUUCCCCGCAGAAGGGAC